AUGGCAAUCCACCAGACAAUUGUCGCGCUGGAAACAUUCUUCUGCCCAAUUCCGUCUCUCACGUCUCUUCCAUGCCCUUACACUCUGCACACCUAUGACCGAACAGCUGCAUCGGAAAUCAACGAGCGUAUUGCACAAGCCACAGUCCUUAUUGUAACGACAUUGCCAAUUCGCGCAGAUGCGUUGGACGUGGCCGUCUCGCCGCAUUUGCGGGCCAUCGCUGUGGUGGCCUCUGGCACCAAUAACAUCGACCUAGUGGCAUGCCAGCAGCGUGGAAUCGUGGUGAUGAACUCUCCAGGGGCAAAUACAGAGUCCGUCGCGCAGCAUGCAUUGACACUGCUUCUUGCAGCGAGACGAAUGAUCAUUCCUAUGCAUGUUGCUACCAUGGGAUUGGAUGAAGAUGGGCACGAACGGAGUCAAUGGGAACGCAAGGGGACAUUAAUGAAUUUACUCAGAGAUCGAAAAAGGAAACGACUCGCAAACAUGUGCCAAGCGCUUGGUAUGAGAGUGCAGGUUUCAGAUCGCAAAAAUCCACCGUCGCAAAGUACUGAUCGCGUCUCUUUCCAAGAAGUUCUUCGAACCUCGACUGCCGUUGUUCUCUGUGUGCCGCUUACACCGUCGACCGAAAACCUGAUAUCCACCGAGGAGCUAAAGUUAAUGGGCGAGCAAGCUCUGCUCAUCAAUGUAUCCCGAGGAGGCGUUGUAGAUGAAACUGCACUUGCAGAAGCUCUUAAGCAAGGAUCCAUUGGAGGAGCAGCAACGGAUGUCUUUGCAAAAGAGCCAGCAUCGUCGGCAAGCAGUCCGUUGCUGCACGCUGAUAUGAGAGAGACGAAUCUCACAGUCUCGCCACAUCUGGCGUGGCUAGCCCAAUCAACGAUUGAAAACUAUCAGAGAGUACUAGUUGAAAAUCUUCAAGGGUUUCUCGAAGAAAAACCUGUUAACGUUGUGAAAACAUUAGCAUAG